AACAGAAACAGCGAUAAGAUACCGCCGUUCUUUAUUUGGUUUUUACAAUUACCAAGCAAAAAGUUCAUUUCUGUGGCCUCGGUCGAUCUGCUCGAGAAGAAAAUGUUCCGCCGCUCGUUGACCGUUUCGUAUUCGCCGUUCCGCAACAAUUAUGUCACGCUGCCGGAUGGUUAUUAUCGGAUGCUAUCAAGCUAUAAAAACGGGUGUCUCUGCCUGACGCAUCGUAUCGACACGUUUUAUGUGUCCUGGGCACCGUACGGAGGCGGUGGGUUGCAGGAAAAUCACAUCGGCAUAAACGCACAAGUAGCUGCCACUAUGGGCCUAAAGGAAGGUGACGCCGUUAUGGUCGCAAUGAUAAUGGACGUACGAUCGUUGAAGCGAGUAGAAGUGAGCGCGGUCAGUGAGAAGGAUUGGGAAAUGUUGCAAAUAAGUAGCAGCCGUAUUCAAUCAAUUCUGCUCGAUCAAACUCGAAUCGUCACCAAAGGACAGAAUUUGGUGGUAUGGAUAAACGAUUCUAUAAGUAUCAAACUCAAAAUAAAGUUCCUGAUACCCGCGCUACCGUUUGGUAGGCUAGAAAAUGACACGGAACUAGUGGUAGAGCCAUAUAAAACGCUCCCUGGGCUUAUAAAGACCCCUGAGAUGCCAAAACUGACUCGAAGUAACACCAAUUUGAAUAUAGCAGAGCUUGUUCGCCAGCGCAAUAUGGAACGAAAAAAGUCUCGUGAAAUCAUAACGGCUCUGGAGAAUGGUUUCUCUUCCGCGUCGCCGAGUAUUACUGCGUUUGAGUCCAGUUUACCGCAUUCGGUUGAUUCGAUAAAGAAGCGGCCCACGUCGUGGCAGAAGAGUGUGGAAAGCAACAAAGAAAAUGGUAUCGCGCCUGCCGGAAGCACUUCAAACCCAGCUCUUAAACGUUCGUCAACGGGAGGAAGCAACUCUUCCGCUGGAUCCAUAGCUGCCAUGCACGCUCAAACGGCCGUCCGUAAUUCACUUUUCGAAAACGAUCUUGAGCGCCACCUGAACCGUCUUCAGACCAGCAAAUCGAUGGCGAAUUUUCUCGCCAGUGAAACGCCAUCUCCGACAAAGGAAACUCCCUCGACGACUGUAUCGAAAUCGGAUCGAAAAAAGGCAGAGCAUAUCGAUGGGUUAGUCGAAACGCUUGGCAGAAAGGUGGCGAAAGUGCACGAGUUCCGAGUAAUACGGGGUAAAUGGAACUGUCGCCGAAGCAGUUCUCAAUUGUGUGAUAUACUUACGACAAAAAGUAACAUACCGAACGGGAUGGACAUUAAUCAACCGUUUCUGCUAACAACGAACGACGGUCGGGAGUACUACGUGAACGUGCGUUUGGCCACCGACGACGAGCGCUUUCCGAAGAACGCCUAUCCAACGGUGGAGAUAAACGAUCGGCUUAUGGAACAGUUGGAGAUUAACCAUGGCGAGAAAGUAACGCUCAAAACCAUCCACAAUGCGCUGAAUAUUGUCGAUCAAAUUGAACUGCUUCCGGCGACGAAGGUCGCGCCUAAAAUCGAAGAAGAUAUUGUGGAAAAGUUUAAACAAUUCAUUCUGUACAACUCCAAGAUACACGCGGUGCUGCUUAACCAGGAUCAGUUGUUCAAGUUGCCCGAAUAUUAUCUUACGAUCAAGCUACAACCACCAUCACUCAAGUACUGCCUCGUUAAUAACGCCAUUUUGCGGCAAAGUAAAAUCACCUGCACGGGAGAGGUGAAACCAGUCGACGAAAUCGCGGAGGUGGACUCAGGCAAGCUGGUUAAAUCAUCAACUGGCAACUCGACGGAAGUGGAAGAUAGUUCAAAAUGGGUAAAGCUGGAAAAAUUUGAAGCCAUUACCGAAGAAUGUACUGAACGCUUAAAAUAUGCCCUCUGUCUGGAUAAAAGGAAUAAAGUUCCACAACAAUUUAAUGUAUUCAUUUCGGGAUCUUCUCAGAGUGGAAGGAAAACGAUUUGCCAAAAUAUUCUUAAACGAUUGGCAGAAGCACCGUACUACUGCUUUUCAACUGUGUUCGAUUGUGCCAAGCACAAAGGACGCAAGCCGGACUCGAUACAGAAAGAUCUUCGUCACGCAUUGUACUUGUGUAUGUUCCACAGUCCUGCCGUCAUCUUUAUGGAAGGAUUGGACGUACUUACACAUCAUUCAGGUGACCAGAACACACCGGAUGCGGAGUACCACAAUAAGGUCUCCGAUGUGGUCCGAAAGCAAAUAGAAGAGUUUACCAGUAGAAACCCGAUCGCAGUCAUUGCGUCGAUCAGCAGCGCUUCCAAUUUAAACCGUCGUCUCUACUCUUCUCGCGGAUAUCACCUAUUUCAGCAGCUCGUCAAGCUUCCGAACCUAACCAAGACUGACCGCGAGAUAGCGAUAAAGAGUCUAUUUGUGCACCGCCAGUGCAAACUCGAUCGCCGAAUCAACUGGAAGCGUCUAGCUAACCAAACGGAAGGGUACGCCAUCGGGAGCUUGGUGCAACUGGUGGAUCGAGCCGUUUUCUACGCGUACAAGCAAGACAGUCGGUUUCCGCUCGUUACGGAGGAAAUGGUUGCCAGUGCGCUGGACGUUACAAACGGCUACUGUUUGGCGGGAAUCGAACAGGCAAAUCGGCAGGCAAACGACGACGGAGCAGAUGAAGACGACGGAGUGGCCGGCGAUAAAGUUCCGGGCCUUGAAAGUGCUAUCGAAGUGUUCCAGGAGGUGCUGAUGUGGCCGACGCGUUUCCCAAAAAUUUUCGAAUCUUCGCCGCUACGGAAUCAAGCAGGAAUACUUCUUUUCGGUCCACCGGGAACGGGUAAAACAUACCUUGUUUCUAAAUUGGCAAAAACCUGGAACCUUCGUAUGAUCUCUGUAAAAGGGCCGGAACUGCUAGCGAAGUACAUUGGCCAAAGCGAGGAAAACGUGCGCAAUCUUUUCGACCGGGCCAGGAGCGCCAAACCUUGUGUGCUGUUUUUCGACGAGUUCGAUAGUUUAGCACCGCGCCGUGGACACGAUUCUACGGGUGUUACGGAUCGGGUGGUCAACCAACUGCUGACGGAGCUCGAUGGUGUGGAAGGGCUCCAGGGUGUGACUGUGAUAGGCGCAACCUCCCGCCCGGAGCUGCUCGACCCGGCACUGCUGCGUUCCGGGCGUAUCGAUAGGUUGGUCGAAUGUUCUCUCCCCGGAGUGAAUGCUCGUCUGGAGAUAUUCAAAAAUCACAGUAAAUCACUUGUCUUAGCUAAAGACGUUGAUCUUCGUGAGCUUGCCGUCAAAUCGGAGUACUACACCGGAGCGGACAUUAGAAGCAUUCUUACUACGGCCAACAUGUUAGCCGUACAAGAAUGUCUCGCCAUUUCUGAGGAGAAUGUACCGGCGCAGAUAACGAUUAGCCAGCGGCAUGUGAUGGAAGCGUUUAGCAGUACGAGGCCUUCGCUAACGCCACGUGAUGUGGCGAAGUAUAAACAAACUUAUGCGCGGUUUACCAACAAGGAACCUCCUUCGCCUGACUUCGUUGCCAAACGAGCCACCUUGGCGUAAGAUGGAACACAGCUACUGCAGGUGGAUGGGUUUAAAGUGUCGUUAUUUUUUUUGUAAGGUAGGAGUUUGCUUUUAUUUUUCGUUGACACAGCUUUGCUGGUGCAGUUAAACGCACUUA